AGCCUAACUCUCUUUCCCAAGUUGGUGCAUCAUUUUCCUUCCAACUUCUCAACUUGUUACCUCGUGCUAUGGAACAGUCGCGAAGGAAAAAUGUGACUUCCAAUUUAUGAUGAAAAGAAACAGUAGUAAUUAAUUUUCUGCCACCCUUCUCAAGUCCCCGGCCUCACUCAUCUGUUGUUUUAAUUAGUAGCGUUUAAGGACAUAGGAACCAAACUAUCCUCUUACAGAUAGAUACCCGUGCUUUGAAUUUAACAGCCAAAAUUAAGACGAAGAAAGAAAUUUGCCAAAAGAAAAGAAACAAGACGGCAAUGCUGAUGCAGGGCCUGGUGGUGAGGGCGAAGUGGGUAAUUUCCGGGGGUCUAAGAUUGACUGUUACUUGGGGUGUUUGAAAAGGAGUGCUGUUAUUUGGUACAGUUUAUAGUUACCUUAAUUAGCUGGUCGGUUUUCUUUAAUUACUCUUUAAUUGCUCCACAUGUCUGUAGAAACGGUUGUAGGUAACAUGCCAGCAGCCUCCAAACUCUGCAAGAACUCAGAGCCUGAGUUUUUUGUCAUUAUGAUUGUUUGGCUCACACUCUCACGAACUGAUUGCUUUUCGUCCUAUCUAAAAUCCCAUUUUUGGGCUUUUCAAGAAACUCCUUCCGUCUCCUCUCUGCUUGCUUCCUUCUCACUAUUUGGCCUUGGUGGGUCUUUCGCCAGUUAUUGCUUUCAUCUAACUUCCUCUCUUUUGUCAUCCCUUUAAGUCAUCAGAAGCCUUUACACAAAUCAUUUCAUUAAGAUGAUGUUUACUGUUUGGAUAUUUUAUUAACAUUUUGGUGGGAUUGGAGAAUUGGUUCUGCGGUUGAUUUCAUAUGGGAUGGGAGUGGUGGUGCUGCAAGUUGUGUUCUCGGUGCUGAAGGUCACUGUCUUGGCUGCUUUCUUGGCGUUUCAAGGAUCUUCUGGGUAUAGCUUGCCUCCAUCUCCAUCAACAUUUCCUGUAUUUUCUCCAGGUGGCGAUGCAAUAGCUGCUCCACCGACCCCAGCAGGUCUCCCUAAUGGGGCAUUUGUGGACCCUCCACUCUUAUUGCCGCCUCUUAAUUCUGCGUCCGCACCCCAAAAGGUCCUGAAGCCUCAGCACCACGAGCAUCUCCAUCAAGAAUAUCUCCACAAAGUCCACCAACUAGCCUACCACUUGUACCGGAAUCCGUUCCUUCAAAACCUGCUCAAAGUAGGGCUCCCGAAGCUCCUUUUAUGGCAACUGCCCCAGCAUCCAACACACAUGCAUCAAAGAGAGCACCACAAAAUUCACUGCCCCCUGGGAUAUCAUCAUCCAUUCUUCCUGUUGGACUGUCCCCAGGCAAGUCACCAGGGAACCCAUUAUCUAUUCCACCAGCAUUACCCAAAGAACCUCCUUCCACUUCGUCAGAGCCUGAUACAGCUCCUGCAUCAUCUCCUGUUGCCACACCACCAAAUGGAACAAGCACCCAGCAGUCGCCUGUGAGCACUUCACCAGCAAAAGCUCCAUCUGUUCAUGAUAAUAUGGGGAAUUCCGAUAAUGCUCCAUCUCCUCUUCCAUCCCGCAAUGCUCCUGUAGUUUCAGGGUCCAACUCCCCUGCAUCUCAACCUUCUUCAUUUCAAUGGCAUCAUGGGAAGAAUUAUAAGAGAACUCCUGCUCCAUCAGUAUAUAUGGCUCAUCC